CCCAGCAUACCGAUACCCACCUCGCUUUGACCCCGAACAGGCAGACGCCUGGAGACACGACACCGCGCUACUCACCGUGGACGCCCUCUCCGCCUGGUUCCGCUAUGGAGGAGCCGCCAUCACCGCCGCCCUCCCGAUCCCGCUCACAUACGCCCUAACCUCCACUCCGCCGGCCGACAACACGCUGCCGGACUACUCGCAGCGUGAGAAGACUCUCGUGGCCUUUGCCGGCACAGGCGCGUUGGCGAGAAGGAGAAUGCCCGACAAACCGCUUACAAUCGCGACCUAUGCUGCUGGCGCUUCCCUUGCCGCGAUCACUCUGGUUUACGUCUUCGGCCCGACCUUCUUUCUGGACAGUGACGAUGCACACAGCACCAAGAGCAGUCGUAAGAAGGGCGUCGUGGGACUGGUGAACCCCGCAAACGACUGCUUCAUCAACUCGGUCUUGCAAGCUCUCGCAGGCUUACCGGAUUUGCGAGCGUUUCUGAUCCGCGAAGUUCAUCGGCGCAAGCUUGAUGGGCCUGCCGUGUAUGCGGAUCUUACUGCAGCGUUGGAGGAGCAGGCAAGGAAGGGCGAAGGUGCGAAGAAAACGCCCGAGUGGAUGAUCGCGGGCCUACAGCAGGGAAUGGUCACUGCGGGUCUGAAAGAAGUGCUGGAUGCGCUAAACGAGCGGCCAAUAUACCGGAAAACGAUCAGUGCACAAGGCUUCAUUCAUUGCGUCGAGGCCAGUUUCAAGACUAGAAUCAACAGGAGCCAGCAGGACGCACAAGAAUUCCUGCAAGUCAUCGUAGAAAGAAUAGCCGAGGAAUACCAUGCAGGGAGGAGGGUGAGGACAAGGCUACGCCAGAGUGGCACACAAUCACGGGCGUCGCUCGAACCCUCUGCAGAAGUCCACGCAACUCAGGCACAUGCAGAGGGGCCGAGAGACAGCAAGUUUUUGGCAACGAACAACGACCAAGCGCACACCGAUGCUCCGCAGGGUAACGACGAACCGGAGCAGGAGAACGUGUUUCCGCUCGAAGGCCAAUUGGAGUCGCAAGUGGAAUGCUCGCAUUGCAAGUUCAAACCAAAACCGUCCUUGUCAAACUUCUUGACCUUGACUCUAAACGUGCCACACCAACAAACAUCCACCACACUCAACGAAUGUUUUGACGGCAUCUUUAAAGUUGAGCACAUCGAUGACUUCAAAUGCGAGUACUGCCGCCUCACCCACGCCAUUUCCAUUAACGACAGAAUUCUUGCAAAGUCGAACCUGUCUGCCGAGGACCGAGCCAAAGUCGAGAACGACAAUACUAAACUCCAGCAAGCGCUCGAUGAGGACCCAGAAAAGCCUCCUAAAGAUGUCAAAUUGCCAGAUGUGUCAACAGCUCCGAAGCGUAAAAUCGCGCGACACACGCGCGUAUCAAAGUUUCCGAAGAUCCUGUCGAUUCACUUGUCACGCUCAGUAUGGGACCCGUCAGCCGCUAGCUCAAAGAACUUGGCAAAGGUGUCGUUUCCGGAAAGCCUUGCUUUAGGUGGUCUCCUAGAUCGUAAGCAGUAUCGCCUGCUAGGAGUCGUCACGCAUAAAGGUGGUCAUAACAGUGGCCACUACGAAUCUUUCCGUCGACAAGUCCUGCCGCAGCCCUUCUCCACGCCCACAACGCUAGGCCGACAAGGCCCCUAUAGCAUAGCUGGAUCUCCCUCUCCAAGCGCUGUGAACAGUCCGCGGCUCAGUGCGAGUACUGCGAGAGAUGCGCGCGAUGGGACCGGCAGCAGUAAUGAUUCGCAGCUUCUGUCAACUCCCACCAGCGCAGCGCCCUCCACGUCCUCCGCAUCAUCAGUCUCGAAUAUCCCAUCUGCUUCGACGCCUUCAGCUGAGAAGCGAUUUUCGGCUCACCAGGUUCCGUUCGAUUCCAUUCCAGCACCUGGCCUUCCUGCUCCGCCAACUGCCACCGCUUCUUCACCUUUGCAGCAAGCGACGACUGUCAACGACCCUUUGAAAUCGGAGGAGCCUGAGACAUCGCGACCUUCUUCAAGCAGUCUGCGUAAUUUGAAGGGCGUUGUGUCUAAGAAAGCAAAGAAGAACACGGGCAGCGAGCGGUGGUGGAGGAUCAGUGAUGAGAAGAUAAAAGAGUCCAAGACAAGUGAUGUGCUGGGGAUGCAAAGAGAGGUCUAUCUAUUGUUCUACGAGAUGGUUGCCGAGGCAUAGGGGUGGCAGGUCAUGACGUUCUUGGUGGGUUUAAUUGAUUAUCUUCAGCGAGGUGUUGCGGCGUCGGUAAUUGGGUUAUUCGUGUUAUUCUUUUGAUUCUGUACAAAGGCAGUAUUGGAUCGGGCUAGAUUGGGCUAUGACGGGGAACUCUUUCUUCAGGACGGGCUGAUAUUCUUGGCUAGUGUAGAUAUUGCACUGUUCCUGUCUUACUCUUCAAUCGAAUGUACAUAUCUUGAGAAAGGGCAGGAUGUC